AUGCCGCCCUGUGUCCCCUCUCUCCCCAACAGGGACAGCGACACGACCCUCCGACUCACCCUGGAGGACCGAACUCUUCCCCGGGCACAGUGCUUUCCUGCUCUCGUCUCCGGAGUGGAGGAGAAGAGGAGGCAGCGAAGAGUUUCAUUCAUCUCUCUUCGUGUGUGUGUGUGUGUGUGUGUGUGUGUGUGUGUGUGUGUGUGUGAGCUGGACCGCGUUCCAGCCGUGGUGGACGUUAAGAUGCGGUGGAUAACGCUGUUAGUAGUGGGUCUAACGGUCUGGACUACUCUGUCUCACUGCUUCGACUAUGAAGAACCCAGUUUUGACUAUUACAACGAAGGAGACAAGACGGAAAAUAUAGACUACAAAGACCCGUGUAAAGCCGUUGCGUUUUGGGGAGACAUUGCGUUGGACGAAGAGGAUCUGCGGAUGUUUCAGAUCGACAGGACAAUAGACGUGACGCAACACACACACACUCACACACACACUCACACACACUCCAGACAAGGACAAACGACUGAGGAACAUGUCAUCUCAAAGAAGAAAGGAUUGUUCCUCCUCCUCCUGGACAAAAUACGGACGUUUGGCUUCGACUAUAGGCCUAUGAACUCCAGUCAAGAAUCAGCCUCCGGUCCCAGGACCCAGACUGGGAAAACAGCUGCUGGAAGGACUGGGAAGGCUGGGAAAGCCGUAAAGAGUGGGAAUACUGUGAAGUCGGCUAGAUUUGGGAAAACAGAGAAUGCCUGGAGUGUUGUUGUGAAGAAUCGUGUUCCCAGAGCAGCAACCUCCCGAGCUGAGAGGAUCUGGCCAGGGGGAGUCAUACCUUACAUCAUAGGAGGAAACUUCACCGGCAGUCAAAGAGCGAUGUUCAAGCAGGCGAUGCGUCACUGGGAGAAACUGACCUGCGUGACCUUCAUAGAGAAGACUGAGGAAGAGAGUUACAUCAUCUUCACGUACAGACCCUGUGGCUGUUGCUCCUACGUGGGUCGUCGUGGUAAUGGUCCUCAGGCGAUAUCGAUAGGGAAGAACUGUGAUAAGUUUGGCAUCGUGGUUCAUGAGUUGGGUCACGUGAUCGGGUUCUGGCAUGAACACACCCGGCCCGACCGAGACGAUCACGUCACCAUCAUCAGAGACAACAUACAACCAGGUCAGGAGUAUAACUUCUUGAAGAUGGAACCAGGAGAGGUGAACUCGCUGGGAGAGCCUUACGACUUCGACAGCAUCAUGCAUUAUGCUAGGAACACCUUCUCACGAGGUAUGUUUCUAGACACCAUCCUCCCAUCUAGAGAUGAGAAUGGGAUCCGUCCUGCCAUUGGACAGAGGACCAGACUCAGUAAAGGAGACAUCUCUCAGGCCAGGAAGCUCUACAGAUGCCCAGCGUGCGGGGAGACCCUACAGGAGUCGACAGGUAACUUCUCGUCGCCCGGUUACCCCAACGGUUACCCCUCGUACACACACUGUGUCUGGAGGGUCUCUGUCACCCCGGGAGAGAAGAUUGUUCUAAACUUUACCACUAUGGACCUGUAUAAGAGCUCUCUCUGUUGGUAUGACUACAUAGAAGUUAGAGAUGGAUACUGGAGGAAGGCCCCACUGCUAGGUAGGUUCUGUGGGGAUCAGGUUCCUGAGGGUCUGGUGUCGUCAGAGAGUCGGAUGUGGAUUGAGUUCCGAAGCAGCAGUAACUGGGUGGGAAAGGGAUUUACAGCUGUUUAUGAAGCUGUCUGUGGAGGAGAGAUCUUGAAGGAUCAGGGCCAGAUUCAGUCCCCUAACUAUCCUGAUGACUACCGUCCAUCUAAGGACUGUGUUUGGAGGAUCACCGUCUCAGAGGGCUACAACGUAGGACUCAGCUUCCAGGCCUUUGAGAUUGAGAGACAUGACAGCUGUGCCUACGACUACCUGGAGGUGCGUGACGGCCCGGCUGAAUCCAGCCCUCUGAUUGGUCGAUUCUGCGGGUACGACAGACCAGAGGACGUCCGCUCCACCUCACACACCCUCUGGAUGAAGUUCGUCUCCGACGGAACCGUCAACAAGGCCGGCUUCGCUGCCAACUUCUUCAAAGAGGAGGAUGAGUGUUCUAAGCCAGAUAACGGAGGCUGUGAACAGAGGUGUGUCAAUACGCUGGGCAGCUUCAAGUGUGCCUGCGACCCGGGUACGAGCUGCCUCCCUCCUCCCUCCCCGUGUCCAGCUGCAUGUGGAGGUCUUCUGUCUAAGCUAAACGGAACCAUCUCCACUCCCGGCUGGCCCAAGGAGUACCCCCCUAAUAAGAACUGUGUGUGGCAGGUAGUCGCUCCAACCCAGUACAGAAUAUCAAUGCAGUUUGAAUCCUUCGAGCUGGAGGGCAACGAGGUGUGUAAGUAUGACUUUGUGGAGGUGCGUAGCGGCCUGUCGUCAGACAGUAACCUGCAUGGAAAAUACUGCGGUUCGGAGGUUCCCGAGGUCAUCACAUCUCAGUACAACAACAUGAGAAUAGAGUUCAAGUCUGACAACACCGUGUCCAAGAAGGGCUUCAAGGCUCACUUCUUCUCUGAUAAGGAUGAAUGCAGUAAGGAUAAUGGUGGCUGUCAACAUGACUGUAUAAACACGGUGGGAUCGUACGUAUGCCAGUGUCGACACGGAUUCAUACUACAUGAGAACAAACAUGACUGUAAAGAAGCUGAGUGUAAGCAUAAGGUCCACAGCCCCAGCGGGACCAUGAACAGCCCCAACUGGCCUGAUAAAUAUCCCAGUAGGAAGGAAUGUACCUGGGACAUCACCACUACACCUGGACACAGAGUCAGACUGUCAUUUAAUGAAUUUGAGAUCGAGCAGCAUCAGGAGUGUGCCUAUGAUCACCUGGAGGCCUUUGACGGGGAGGGUGACUCAGCGGCCAUCUUGGGUCGGCUGUGUGGCAGUAAGAUUCCGGAACCGCUGGUCUCCACGGGUAACAAGAUGUACCUGCGUUUCAUCUCUGAUGCCUCGGUUCAGAGGAAAGGAUUCCAGGCCACACACUCCACUGAGUGUGGAGGGAGGUUGAAGGCCGAGACUCGUCAGAAGAACCUCUACUCACACUCCCAGUUUGGAGAUAACAACUACCCUGGCCACACGGACUGUGAGUGGUUGGUGACGUCAGAGGAGGGUUACGGAAUAGAGUUGACCUUUACGACCUUCGAGGUGGAGGAGGAGGCGGACUGUGGUUAUGACUACAUAGAGCUGUACGAUGGUUAUGACUCUAAUUCACACAGACUGGGACGGUUCUGUGGUUCUGGGCCCAGAGAGGAGAUCUACUCUGCGGGUGACGCGGUGUUGAUCCGUUUCCAUAGCGACGACACCAUCAGUAAGAAGGGGUUCCACAUCCGCUACACCAGCACCCAGUUCCAGCAGAACCUUCACACCAGGAAGUGAUGUCACAACACCCAGACCCCUAGCCUCACUGUGCCGACAAGACAACCACAGGCCCCUUUCCUCCUCUGACUGACAGGCGCCAAACACACACACACACACACACACACACUGUUUUGAGGAGAGGAGUGAGUGUGGGUGAGAACCAAAGGAGAGAGGGGGAGGACUGAUCAGUCUAUCUCUUAACAGGGGAGCUUCUAGAACUCUGAGGACUACAUGUGAAGAGAGACUGGAUCAGAGCUUCACACUGUAACAGGAUUAAUGGAACUGCUUUAACAACGGGAAAUGGAUUAAAUACUGAAACUGGAUUAAAUACUGAAACUGGAUUAAAUACGGAAACUGGAUUAAAUUCUGAAACUGGAUUAAAUACUGAAACUGGAUUAAAUACGGAAACUGGAUUAAAUACUGAAACUGGAUUAAAUACUGAAACAGUCUUAAAUACUGAAACAGUCUUAAAUACGGAAACUGGAUUAAAUACUGAAACUGGAUUAAAUACUGAAACUGGAUUAAAUACUGAAACUGGAUUAAAUACGGAAACUGGAUUAAAUUCUGAAAAUGAAUUAAAUUCUGAAACUGGAUUAAAUUCUGAAACUGGAUUAAAUACUGAAACUGGAGUGUGAACAGGAACUGGAUUUAAUACUGGAACUGGAGUGACUAACUAACUGACUGGCUGUUUGGCUGGCUGAGUCGCUGACUAUUUUACUGGCUAACUGUCUGAUUGGCUGGUUGACUGAUUGACUGGCUGACUGACUGUCUGAUUGGCUGGUUGACUGAUUGACUGGCUGACUGACUGUAUAUCUGAUUGACUGGCUGACUGUCUGAUUGGCUGGUUGACUGAUUGACUGGCUGACUGGCUGGUUGACUGAUUGACUGGCUGACUGACUGUCUGAUUGACUGGCUGACUGACUGUCUGAUUGGCUGGCUGACUGAUUCACUGAUGGACUGGCUGACUGACUGAUUGGCUGGCUGACUGAUUCACUGAUGGACUGGCUGACUGACUGACUGAUUGGCUGACUGAUUCACUGAUUGACUGGCUGACUGACUGUCUGAUUGGCUGACUGAUUCACUGAUUGACUGGCUGACUGACUGUCUUAUUGGCUGGUUGACUGAUUGACUGGCUGACUGACUGUUCGAUUGACUGGCUGACUGACUGUCUGAUUGGCUGUUUGACAGGUUGACUGACUGACUGGAUAACCGAUUCACUGAUGGAAUGGCUGACUGACUGAUUGGCUGACUGAUUCACUGAUGGAAUGGCUGACUGACUAAUUGGCUGACUGAUUCACUGAUGGAAUGGCUGACUGACUGAUUGGCUGACUGAUUCACUGAUGGAAUGGCUGACUGACUGAUUGGCUGACUGAUUCACUGAUGGAAUGGCUGACUGACUGAUUGGCUGACUGACUGAGAGAAGCAUGAGGUAACGCUGAGGCAACAUUAUACAAACUGAGAGACAACAUCCUGAUAACUUUCUGACAACUUCCUGUUCAGAUAACGUUUCAGACAAACCUCAUACAAACCGAGAGACGACGUUCAGACAACGGCCAGACAAACCUCAUACAAACCGAGAGACGACGUUCAGACAACGGCCAGACAAACCUCAUACAAACCGAGAGACGACGUUCGGACAACGUUUCAGACAAACCUCAUACAAACCGAGACGACGUUCAGACAACGUUUCAGACAAACCUCAUACAAACCGAGAGACGACGUUCAGACAACGGCCAGACAAACCUCAUACAAACCGAGAGACGACGUUCAGACAACGGCCAGACAAACCUCAUACAAACCGAGAGACGACGUUCAGACAACGGCCAGACAAACCUCAUACAAACCGAGAGACGACGUUCAGACAACGGCCAGACAAACCUCAUACAAACCGAGAGACGACGUUCAGACAACGUUUCAGACAAACCUCAUACAAACCGAGAGACGACGUUCAGACAACGUUUCAGACAAACCUCAUACAAACCGAGAGACGACGUUCAGACAACGGCCAGACAAACCUCAUACAAACCGAGAGACGACGUUCAGACAACGGCCAGACAAACCUCAUACAAACCGAGAGACGACGUUCAGACAACGGCCAGACAAACCUCAUACAAACCGAGAGACGACGUUCAGACAACGGCCAGACAACUUACGGUGCUGACAACGUUCAGACAACGUUUCAGACAAACCUCAUACAAACCGAGAGACGACGUUCAGACAACGGCCAGACAACUUACGGUGCUGACAACGUUCUGACCAUUUUUGAGGUUUGACAAAGUCCUGACAAUGUUCUGUUUAGAAAACAUUCUGUUCUGACAAUGUUCAGACAAACUUUAUACAAACUGAGAGACAAUGUCUUUCUGACAACGUUCUUCUGAAAACGUCCUGACAACGUUGGGUUUUGACAGCACUUAUAUUGCCUUAGAACCAAAUGUACGUUCUUGAGUCUCUCUAACAUCAGUUGUUAUUUGUUUGUCUGUUUGUUUUGAAUAAUUUGAUUUGACAAUGAGUUUGCAGAACUUGAAAGAUUUAUUGUUAAGACAAAAGAGGAAACUGGUCGUGUGUGUGUGUGUGUGUGUGUGUGUGUGUGUGUGUGUGUAAAGAGUCGUCUCAUGUAUUGUUAUGUGCCAAGCUCCUGGUGAUCCUGUCCCUCUGUAGGAUCUGUCUAGACCUCUCUCUCCUCCAUGUUUGUAGUUCUGUUCUAUCAUAUCUCCUCCAUGUUUGUAGUUCUAAGGAACAAAAAAUGGCUUCCUCUCUAUGCUGAGUCAUUAAAACUACACACAGGUAAAAGAUAA